CACGCGCUCUUCUCAACAAUGUCGACCACCAAAACACAGCCGCCGCGCAGCGCGCCUCCGUCCAUCAGAACCCGAGCAGAACCGAGCAAAUGAAAGCGAAAUCUCAUCGCUGUGCGAUCAGGAAGGUUUAGUGGAGGACAUGGCUGCUCAAGAACCCUCUCCCCCGUCCUCCAUGGAGAACAACAAGCCAGGGUUCCCAAAGAAGAUUCUGGCCAACAAACUUGAAGACAAACAUUUAUGCAACUGCUGUCAGAACAUUUUGAGAAGACCGUUCCAAGCGCAGUGCGGCCAUCGCUUUUGUUCUUACUGCUUCAACCGGACUGUUGGAUCUGGACCUCAGAAAUGUAAUGCCUGUAUCAAGGAGGACAUCUUUGAAGAGCCCACGUCAAUCCUUAAGCAAGGCUGUGCGUUUCCCGACAAUGCUGCCAGAAGAGAAGUUGAAAAUCUUCCAGCUGUGUGCUUCAAUGAAGGCUGUUCCUGGAAAGGCAGUAUUAAAGAUUAUGAGUCGAGCCAUGAGGGGAAGUGUGAGUUCAUGAUUCUGCCGUGUCCCUUGUGCAAAGAGCUCAUUAGAUUGAACGAACAGGAGCGUCAUAAUGAACGCGAGUGUCCGGAGAGAACGCUCAACUGCAAAUACUGUAAAGAACCAUUUCACUUCAAAAACAUCAAGGCUCAUGAUGAAAUCUGUCCCAAAUAUCCUAUGAUCUGUGAAGGAUGUGCGAAGAAGAAAAUCCCAAGGGAAAAGUAUGUUGACCACAUUAAGUUCUGCAGCAAAUUCAGGACGCCAUGCAGAUAUCAUGUGGUUGGCUGUGACAUGUCAGUGGAGAAGGAAAAGAUCCACGAUCACGAGCGUGCCUGUGCUCACGAACAUCUCAACCUGCUGCUGCACUACAUCAUGGGUAUGAAGGUCAGUCUGGAGGGCCUGCAGCCCCAAAGUCUGGAGCUGGCCGGCCACAAAGCACACGAGCUUCACCAGGCACUCCGAGACCUGGAGGCCAGAGUCAGUCAGCUGAGCGCCAUCCCCGGCCCGACCGGACCUCCCGUGCAGGGGGUCCCCUCCUCUUCAUCCUCCGCCUCGUCCUCCUCCGCAUCCGCCGCCACACCGCCGCCUCCUCCUCCGGCCGCCGCCACCCUGCCCACGUCCUUCACUCCUCUGCCCAGCUCGGUGGGCGCAGCGCUGGAGCUCCAGCUCCACAGCGAGAAGACCAAGGUGGCAGAUCUGGGCCGCCGCUGCCAGGAGCUGGAGGUUAAAGCGGGGACAUUUGAGGAUGUGGUCUGUGUGCUAAACCGAGAAGUGGAGCGCUUCGCAACCACCAUGGAGGCCAGCAACCGGCAGCACAGACUCGAUCAGGACAAAAUCGAGGCUCUUAGUAACAAGGUUCGUCAGCUGGAGCGGCAGGUGGGCGUUAAAGACCUGACUGUGGCUGAAAUGGAGGGCAGAUUGCGGGAGAUGUCUGCCACCACGUUUGACGGCGUCUUCAUCUGGCGGAUAUCAGAUUUCACUAAGAAGAGACAAGAUGCCAUUGCUGGACGGGCGCCUGCCAUGUUUUCACCUGCAUUUUACACAAGCAAGUACGGCUAUAAGAUGUGCCUGCGGAUUUACCUGAACGGGGACGGGACGGGUCGUGGAACGCACCUCUCGCUGUUUUUUGUGGUGAUGAGAGGAAUGAGUGACGCACUGCUCAAAUGGCCCUUCAACCAGAAGGUGACACUGAUGCUGCUGGAUCAGAGUAACAGAGAGCACAUCAUCGAUGCGUUCCGUCCCGACAUCACUUCCUCCUCAUUCCAGCGGCCUGUAAGUGAAAUGAACAUCGCCAGCGGCUGCCCGCUCUUCUGUCCACUGUCCAAGCUGGAGGGCAAGAACUCAUACAUACGUGACGACACCAUCUUCAUCAAAGCCAUCGUGGACCUCACUGGCCUUUAGGUUUUCUACUUUGGUACGACAUGGUCAGAUGCUGCCUCUGACGCAGGAUCUGCUUCACCACAGCGGGAGAUUUUCUCCAUGACGUCUGUUCUGACACAUUUCCCUGCAUGUGUUAAGCCGUCACAAAUGUUGCAUUGAUGCAUCGUUCCAGAAAGAGUCGGUAGAGCUCUGUAAUAGGAAAAAAGGGUCGUGAAACACUGGAAUUGAACGUGAAGUCCGGUCCAGUUACAUAGUGUAGAUUACAAUGCAAAAUUUAAAGGAGUAGUUCACCCAAAAAUUAAAUUUGCUGAAAAUGUACUCACCCUCAGGCCAUCCAAGAUGUAGAUAAGUUUGUUUCUUCAUCAGAUUUGGAGAAAUGCAGCAUUACAUCACUUGCUCACCAAUGGAUGCGAAUGGGUGCCGUCAGAACGAGAGUUCAAACAGCUGAUAAAAACAUCCACACCACUCUAGUCCAUCAGUUAAUGUCUAAUUAAGCAAAAAGCUGCAUGUUUGUAAUAAAUCAAUCCAUCAUUAAGGCAUUUUCUAUACAUUAUAAUGCUUGUGAGCCUGAAUCAGGAGAGAAAUGUGCACAGAUCAAGCACCGUUGACAAGCCAAAACAGUCUAAAACAGCUCUAAACAAAUAUGUGUGUGAAUUUUGAUGUGACGGACAACAGGGAUGGAAACAAGCAGCUUUUGGUUUCACAAGAUGUUAAUUGAUGGACUGGAGUGGUGUGGAUCACUUGUGGAUUAUUGUGAUGUUUUUACCAGCUGUUUGGACUCUCUUUCUGACGGCACUCAUUCACAAGUGAUGGAAUGCUGCAUUUCUCCAAAUCUGAUGAAGAAACAAACUCAUCUACAUCUUGGAAGGCCUGAGGGUGAAUAUUCACAUUAUCAGUGAAUUUUCAUUUUUGAGUGAACUAUUUUUAUAAGAUCUUCAGCACAACAGACUUGUUUUGCAUUUUCUGCACUAAUUAGGUGGAAAAUCACGGUAAAAUGCGUCAAUAUUAUCGGUAGCUGAAUGCAUAAACGCUGAUUAGCAUUUUCACAAAUUGCGAUUUGCAUGUCGAAGACCACGAAAUGUAGUCAGCACACUUUAUUUUGCAAACGUCAUUGCUAAGUGGAUAAAUUGUGCUCUUGUAGUGCUUUUUGAGGGUGAAGAGGGUUUUAAUUGUCACACAAUAAGUAUAGUGAGGGUCAUGAUCGUGGAUUUCCUUUAAUCGGUGUUUGGAUACAUCUGUGGAAGAUAGUUUGAAGUUUAAAGGUAAAAAUCGUAUAAAUCUUACCGUAGGUGUCUGUGAAAUAAACGGUCCUGGGCAGGAGUCCUGUGCACAUGAAUAUUCAAGUUAUUACAUUGCAUUUUGUAUAUUUCUAAGAAACGACAACAAGUCUUGUUAUUACUUUUGUAAAUAGGAAUAUUUAUACAGUUUACAUGGUACAUCGGCGCUUGAGUUUGUAGUGCUUGCCGGCUUAAUGGAGUGCGAGUUUGUAUUUUAUUCCUCACUGCCAAAUGACGUACGAGGCAGUUUGUGUAUUUUCUAGGCUAAAUUGAGAUGUUUACACAGGACCAAGCGUUUGAAAACUUUUGCUAUACAAUUGUCUUUUGUAUUUGGCAUUGGGGGUGUAACUAGUUAACCAGAAUCCGCUGAUUUUAAACCAGUUAUGACAACUAUUGAAACUUCUCUGUGCAUGGGAGGCCUCAAUCUGCAAAUGCACAUGAUAUUUAUGACAAACAGUUUACUCAUCCAGUGAGUGACGACACCACUGCUGACUUUAGAGAUGAAUAACAUAAAUAGUAAACAUAACGAUUAUUAUUUUAUAGGAUACACUGCUUCUAUUCCUUCAAAAUAAAA